GCUGGUGUCAUGGCGGCGAGCGUCGAGUUGGCAGGAACAGCCUUCGGAACUGAGGAAAGUCACUAAAACUGAGGGAGAAGUGGCCAUCCAAGUGGGCAGGAAGUCGUGAGAAUGAGCAGAAGUCCCUGGGGUGUGACUGUAUCACUAGAGGCGAGUCCCUGGUAAAGCUCGGGGUCGGGCCUCUGCGUUUCUGGUAGACCCGCGUUGUGGUUCCAAACCGGAGCUCGUUAAUCGGGACUCAUUCCGCAGCGGCUCAGGACAGUCGAGCGGGCCAAAUUGUUCACGAAACCCGCAGAGAUGUCGUCCUGGCUCGGGGGCUUCGGGUCCGGCUUGGGCCAGUCACUGGGUCAAGUUGGGGGCAGCCUGGCUUCCCUCACUGGCCAGAUUUCAAACUUCACCAAGGAUAUGCUGAUGGAGGGCACCGAGGAAGUGGAAGAUUUAUCUAAUUCUGGAAGAAAGGAAAUUGAAGCCAUCUAUGCAGUCUUAAAAUCAGAGAAUGAAAGGCUUAAAACACUUUGUAGUGAUCUAGAAGAAAAGCAUGAAGCAUCAGAGCUUCAAAUAAAGCAGCAGUCUACAAGUUACCGAAAUCAGUUGCAACAGAAAGAGGUGGAAAUCAGCCUUCUUAAAGCAAGACAGAGCGCGCUCCAGGAUGAGCUGCUGAAACUGCAGCCGGCUGCUCAGUCGGUGCCCACGGGGGCUGGCAGUGCACCCGAAACCACUGCGUUGUCUUCCGCCAGUUAUGGGCUCCAUCAUCGCCCUGCAGCUUUCUACGAUGAUGACAUGGACUUUGGCGACCUACUUGCAUCACAACAGGAAAUAAACAGAUUGUCAAAUGAAGUCUCAAGACUUGAAUCUGAGGUUGGCCAUUGGAGGCGUAUUGCCCAGGCACAAGGAACGUAUAGCUCUGAUCAAAGUGAAAUCUGCAAACUGCAAAAUAUUAUUAAGGAACUGAAACAGAACCGAAGCCAGGAAAUUGAUGACCAUCAACAUGAAAUGUCAGUAUUACAGAAUGCACAUCAACAGAAACUGACAGAUAUAUGUCAUCGACAUCGAGAGGAAUUAAGCAGCUAUGAAGAACGAAUUGAAGAACUUGAAAAUCUAUUACAGCAAGGUGGCUCAGGAGUUACAGUAACUGAUAACUCUAAGAUGUGUGAAAUGCAGAAAACCAUUCAGGUUCUACAAACUGAAAAAGUGGAGUCUACAAAAAAAGUUGAAGAACUUGAGAAUAAAAUAAAAGACAUAAAUAAAAAAUUAUCUUCUGCAGAAAAUGACAGAGAUGCCUUGAGGAGAGAACAAGAACAGCUAAAUAUGGAAAACAGACAAAUAAUUGAACAGUGUGAAAGCUUGAAACUGGAAUUGAAGGCUUAUGCUAUGGAGCAAAGUGAUAUGGUGUCGGAAAAGGAAAGAGCUCUUCCACAGAGUUCCUCCAAGGAAGAAGUAUUUAGACCACAACAAGCACUGUCUGAUGCUGAAAAUGAAAUGAAACUGAGUAGUUUGAACCAGGAUAACAAUCUUGCUGAAGACAAUAUGAAACUUAGAAUGCAUGUCGAAGUCUUAGAAAAAGAGAAGUCAUUGUUGAGUCAAGAAAAGGAAGAGCUUCAGAUAUCACUCUCAAAACUGAACAAUGAAUAUGAAGUAAUUAAGAGUACAGCUGUGAAAGACAUGAAUUUGGAUUCAGAAUUACACAACUUACAACUUACGUUGGCAACAAAGGAACAGGAACUAAAUGAGAGUAUCAGUGAAAAAGAAAUGCUGAUAGCUGAGUUAGAAGAAUUAGACAAACAGAACCAAGAAGCUACAAAGCAUAUGAUUUUGAUAAAAGAUCAACUAUCAAAACAACAAAGUGAAGGAGAUGGCAUCAUAAAGAAACUGAAACAAGAGCUAGGUGAUGAAAAAAAGAGAAGUCAUCAGCUAGAGGAUGACAAAAUGAACAUCAUUUGGGAGUUAGACCUGCAGAAAGAAAAGUUAGCUCAAAGUGAACUGGUUCUAAAUGAUUUGCAUUUAACCAAGAAAAAGCUUGAAGAUGAAGUAGCAGAUUUAGUAGAUCAACUAAGCAAAGCAAAGAAAAAUAAUGUAAAUAUCCAGAAGGAGAACUUUCAACUCAAGGAACACAUAAGACAAAAUGAAGAGGAACUGUCUAGAGUCAGGAGUGAGCUAACUCAGUCUCUUAAUCAAGCCUCGAAGAGUUAUUUCAAAGAUGACUUACUUAAAGAAAGGGAAGGUGAAGUGAGAAACUUACAGCAGAAUCUUUCAGAAAUAAAACAGCUCAAUGAAAAUUUAAAGAAAGUUGCUUUUGAUCUCAAAAUGGAAAAUGAAAAGUUGGUUUUAGAAUGUGAAGAUGUCCGACAUCAGUUGGAAGAAUCUAUUGCUAGUCAUAAUCAAAUUUCUCAGGAAAGAAAUACUAUUGUAGAGACUCUAAAAAGGGAAAAGGGACAAGUAGAAGCAGAAAGGGAAAAGGGACAGAUAGAAGCAGAAAGGAGUUUUUCAGAAGAAGCAAACAAGUAUAAGCAAACCACUGAGGAGCUGUCAAAUGCAAGUAAUACCUCUGCCUUACAAUUGGAACAUGAGCAUUUACUUAAAUUCAGUCGAGAGAAAGACUUUGAAAUAGCAGGGCUUAAAAAGAAAAUGGAGCAAAUGGCUAAUGAUCAUAAAGAAACAAAGGAAAUUUUGUCAUCUAGUUUAGAAAAGCAGAGGCAGCUGACACAAGUCAUAAGUGAGAAAGAUAUUUUUAUUGAUAAACUUAAAGAAGAAAGUUCAAAGCUACAGGAGGAAUUAGAUACAUGUUCUCAAACCUUAAGAAAAAAUGAAAUUUUAAGGCAGACCAUCGAAGAAAAGGACAGAAGUCUUGGAUCUAUGAAAGAAGAAAACAAUCAUUUGCAAGAAGAACUGGAACGACUCAGGGAACAGCAGAGUCGAGCUCUGCCUGUGGCUGAGCCUAAAACCCUCGAAAGUGUCACUGAACUAGAAUGUGAGGUAUCUCAGCUGAACAUAAUGAAAGAUCAUCUAGAAGAGGAGAUUAAACAUCAUCUCAAGAUAAUUGAAGAUCAAAACCAGAGUAAGAUGAAACUACUUCAAUCUCUGCAGGAGCAGAAGAAGGAAAUGGAUGAGUUUAGAUACCAACAUGAGCAGAUGAACGUCACACAUACCCAGCUUUGUUUAGAAAAGGAUGAAGAAAUUAAGAAUUUACAAAAAACAAUCAAACAAAUAAAAUCCCAGUUGCAUGAAGAAAGACAAGUUAUUCAAACAGAAAAUUCUGAUAUUUUUCAAGAUAGUAAGGUUCAGAGUCUUAACAUAGAAAAUGGAAGUGAAAAGCAUGACUUAUCUAAAGCUGAAACUGAGAGAUUAGUGAAAGGAAUAAAAGAACGAGAGCUGGAGAUUAAACUUCUAAAUGAAAAGAAUGUAUCUUUAACUAAACAGAUUGAUCAGCUGUCCAAAGAUGAGGUUGGCAAACUCACUCAGAUUAUCCAGCAGAAAGACUUGGAGAUACAAGCUCUUCACGCUAGAAUUUCUUCAGCUUCCUACACCCAGGAUGUUCAACAGCAGUUGCAGGCUUACAAUAUGGAAAGAGAACAAGUAUUUGCUGUUUUAAAUGAGAAGACAAGGGAAAAUAGCCAUCUAAAAACUGAAUAUCACAAAAUGAUAGAUAUCAUCGCCGCCAAAGAAGCAGCCCUCACUAAGUUGCAAGAUGAAAAUAAGAAACUGUCCACUAGAUUUGAAAGCAGUGGCCAAGAAAUGUUUAGAGAAACUGUUCAGAAUUUAUCACGUAUCAUUCGAGAAAAAGACAUUGAAAUAGAUGCACUAAGUCAGAAAUGUGAGACUUUACUGGCUGUUUUACAGACUUCCAGCACUGGUAAUGAGGGAGGUGUUAAUAGUAACCAGUUUGAGGAGCUCCUGCAGGAACGUGAUAAGUUAAAACAGCAAGUCAAGAAAAUGGAAGAGUGGAAACAGCAGGUGAUGACCACAGUGGGGAACCUGCAACGCGAGUCUGCCCAGCAGCAGGAGGAACUGCAUCAGCUUCAGGCACAAGUUUUGGUGGACAGUGAUACUAACUCAAAGUUACAAGUGGACUACACUGGCCUGAUCCAAAGUUAUGAGCAGAAUGAAACCAAACUAAAAAAUUUUGGGCAGGAAUUAGCACAAGUUCAGCAUAGUAUAGGUCAGCUCUGCAAUACAAAGGACCUUCUUUUAGGAAAGCUUGAUAGUAUUUCACCUCAUCUCUCUUCUGGCUUACUUAGGGCAAGUAUGUCUGCUCUAUCAAGUGAGUCUUCUCAGUCACUUCAACUAGAGUUAGAAAAGCUAAGAAAAUCACUGCAGGAAAAAGAUGUAACAAUUAGAACUCUCCAGGAAAAUAAUCACAGAUUGUCUGAUUCAGUUCCAACCACCUCAGAGCAAGAAAUGAAAGAAUACGAACAAACUGAUUCAGAAAUUAAGCAGCUAAAAGAGAAACAAGAGGUUUUACAGAACUUACUUAAGGAAAAAGACCUCUUAAUCAAAGCCAAAAGUGAUCAGUUACUUUCUUCAAAUGAAAAUUUCACUAACAAAGUGAAUGAAAAUGAGCUUUUGAGGCAAGCAGUAACAAAUCUGAAGGAGAGAGUAUUAAUUUUAGAACUGGAAAUUGCUAAACUAAAAGUGGAAAAUGAAAAAAUAGUAGAAACAUCCAGGGCAAAAGAAACAGAAUACCAAGCAUUACAAGAGACUAACAUGAAGUUUUCUAUGAUGCUUCGAGAAAAAGAAUUUGAAUGCCAUUCAAUGAAAGAGAAAGCUCUUGCUUUUGAGCAGCUGUUGAAAGAAAAAGAACAGGGCAAGACUGGGGAGUUAAAUCAGCUUUUAAAUACAGUCAAAGGAAUGCAGGAGAAGAUGGUUACAUUUCAACAGGAGAGAGACCAAGUCACACUGUCCCUGAAACAGAAACAAAUGGAAAACAAUGCCCUACAGAAUGAGGUUCAACACUUACGUGACAAAGAAUUACGGUUAAACCAGGAGCUAGAGAGAUUGCGUAACCAUCUUUUAGAAUCAGAAGAUUCUUAUACCCGGGAAGCUUUGGCUGCAGAAGAUAGAGAGGCCAAACUAAGAAAGAAAGUCACAGUAUUGGAGGAAAAGCUAGUUUCAUCCUCUAAUGCAAUGGAAAAUGCAAGUCAUCAAGCCAGUGUGCAGGUAGAGUCAUUGCAGGAACAGUUGAACAUGGUCUCCAAGCAGAGGGAUGAAACUGCACUGCAGCUUUCUGUCUCUCAGGAACAAGUAAAGCAAUAUGCUAUGUCAUUAGCCAACCUGCAGAUGGUUCUAGAGCACUUCCAACAAGAGGAAAAAGCUAUGUAUUCUGCUGAAUUAGAAAAGCAAAAACAACUUAUAGCUGAAUGGAAGAAAAAGGCAGAACAUCUAGAAGGAAAGGUAUUAUCUUUACAGGAACAUUUGAAUGAAGCAAAUGCUGCUCUGGAUUCAGCAUCAAGACUUACAGAACAGUUGGAUCUAAAGGAAGAAAAGAUUGAAGAACUUAAAAAACAAAAUGAGCUUCAACAAGAAAUGUUGGAUGAUGCACAAAAGAAGCUGAUGAACUUAGUAAACAGCACAGAAGGAAAAGUGGACAAAGUCCUUAUGAGAAAUCUCCUCAUUGGCCAUUUCCACACACCAAAAAAUCAGCGUCAUGAAGUGUUCCGAUUAAUGGGAAGCAUCUUGGGUAUUAAAAGGGAGGAAAUGGAGCAGUUGCUUAAUGAAGAUCAGGGAGGUGUCACUAGGUGGAUGACUGGUUGGCUUGGAGGAGGAUCAAAAAGUGUCCCCAACACUCCACUGAGACCAAAUCAGCAAUCUGUGGUUAAUAGUUCUUUUUCAGAACUUUUUAUUAAAUUUCUAGAAAGAGAAUCUCAUCCAUCUAUUCCACCACCAAAGCUUUCUGUUCAUGAUAUGAGACCUCUAGGUUCACCAAGGAAAGAACUAAAUACAAAUGUUUCAGAAACCUUGAAAGAUACAACAGAACUCAGGGCUGGUAGAAGAACAGAUGCGAGUCCAUUCUUGGCUCCCCGCUCUGCAGCGGUGCCUCUUGUUAACCCGUCUGGACUUGGGCCUGGUGCACCAGGGCAUCUUCUUUUGAAACCCAUCUCAGAUGUGCUGCCCACAUUUACGCCUUUGCCGGUGUCACCUGACAACAGCGCUGGAGUUGUACUGAAAGACCUUUUAAAGCAAUAGGGAUCGAACUCAGGACCUUGCGCUUUCGAGGCAGACGGGAGAACCACUGAGCUAAAUCCCUGGCCCUGAUUUAUUCUAAUUUAAGCUGGAAAAAUUUUAUUUCUCUUUUACCUUGGAAAAAUAAAAAAGGAAAAGCAAAAAUGUUAGUAACUAUAUAUAUCAGCUUUUUAUUUCAGUCUCUGAUUUUCAAGCUCAUUUCAGGUAGAGAUGUGGUUUAUUUUUUAAAGUAAUGAAAGAUUUUUUUUUAAAUGAAGAAAAAAUAGUAGCUAGAAGUGGCUUUUCAAGAGAGUGCAGAUAAUUGAUCCGAAGCAAACAUGAAUCAUCUUUAGAGAACUCUGAGUCGACAGCCAAGAACAGGGUUGUCUGGGAGGUCACAGGGGCCCCGAGAAGGAAUGUGUAUUUGGUUCUCUGCAUUUUUGUCCCCUGUGCACGUUCCUGUGACCACUGCCACAGUCAAGAUACAGCACUCUCAUCACAGGGACCCUGAACUGCCCUUUCCCAGCCAUUAUCACCCUCCCGCCUCCCACCUUAGUCCCUGACAGCCACUCUGUUCUCCAGCUCUGUGAUUUAGUCAUUCCCGGAAUGCUUUUCAGGUGGAAUCCUAAAUUAUGAAACCUCUGAGACUGGUCUUUCUCACUUACCAUAAUUCCCUUCAGCUCCGUGCAAAGGGCUACAGUAUCAAUAGUUCGUUCCCUUUUACUGGUGAGUACCUGGUAUGAAUGAAUAUACCAUUUAGUUUGAGCAGCUAAGGUGUCUGUUGAGAGGCAUCAUCUGAAACUGAAGACUGACUCACAGGAACACACCACUGACUGACGUGUGAACUCGCCCAGCGGCGUCCCCGUAACUGUAACUGUAAUUAGCAAUAUCUCUGCACACACCACCACCUGCCUCUAUCUGACGCGUCAGUUCCCAGAGGUUCAGCAGCUGUAUCCGUGGGUCCCCAUCACAGGGGCCACUGAGGGCAAGGAGGUCACUGCAGCAGCACCAGCACCAGCCAGAUAUCUGGAAUUUAAGAGUGAGAUACUUCUUUAAUUUUCUAUAAACUCAUCAUAAAAUUCCUGAUGUGGAAGUUAAGUGUGCUCAUAUUCAGAUGCUCAUAUUUGUAUUAGUUGUUGAAGUUGUACACUUAAUGUUUCUUGUGGAUUUGGUACAUUUACAUAUGCCUUUAAAAUAGAAGCAUUUAUAUAACAAGGAAAGGUAAAAACGUGACUAAUCCAAAUAUGUAAAUAGAUCUGGCUAAAUUUGAUUGGCUGUAAAUUUUGCUAUGAUUAAUUGUAUAUUUCUAAUGUGUUUGGAAGAGUGGAAAGUUUGAUUAUGUGUUGAUGGUUAAAACCAGUUUUCUGAAAAAUUAACUAAUUGAGAUAGUGCUGCUUCACAAUGUCACCUUUCUUCUUAACUAAUUUACUUUGCCAUUCUUUAGUGCAUUUGAAAGGAAGUUGUCAUGGAAGUUCAUAUUAGAGCUUUUAGACACCUUCCUGUCAGUCUUCCCGUUAUUGUUUCUCUAUGACCCUAGAGAUGCUCCUCAGCUUACAGUGGGGUCGCAUCCUCAUAGACCCAUUGUAAAUUGAAAAUGUGUUAAAUCCAUACCAUAAAAGAUACUUUUGCCAACUAUCCUAAAUUAUAUGCUGCUUGCCAUUGAAGUUUCAUUCCGUGUAGAACAACUGAGAUAAUAGUUUCUAAGCUAAGAACAUUAUACUUGGGUCCUUCAUUUAGAAGAAAUGGAGCAUACAAAAAAUGUUUUAUUUUGGAAAGGAGAUAUAUAAUGGAUAUUUGUAUAGUACAUCAUCAUAUAUAUAAAAUGCCUUCUAUGAUGUUUUAAGUAUGACCAAAAAACCUGUCUUUUUCUCCCGUAGCUUAGCCUAAGUUUGACAGCUGCAGCGGCUGGAUUGUACAUCCCAUCAUCAUAGAGCAUAUCACAUGACUGAGAUUUAAGUUUCUCUCCUGGUCUGAAGCUGUGAUACCUGACAUUUUUGUUGUAUCCUUGAAACUGUAGCUGACUGAUAUGCAUAGUACGUGUGUCGAUCUAAACCAGACGUAACUCGCUGACGUUUCUGAAACAUGGUGUCAGAGGAGAACCAUCUGCUCGAGGAAUCUUCUUGAUACCAGAUAGUGAUGCAGCAUUUAAUUCAGAUGCUACCAAUAGGGCAUUGCUAAUAGAACACUCCUGGCACUGUUUUAAUUACAGUAAUUUUGCUGGUUUUUUUCUCUGUAAACUUAAUAGAAUUUGUGGUCGAAUUUCAGUUUUGCUGCCAGUUUUUCACAGCAUUCCUACUGUUUUUCAACUAUAGUUAGUGACCAUAUUUUAGUAGAAAAUUUACAGCCAUUCAGUUCAAUUUUGAUAUAAUUCUCUUUCAUGUGAUAUCCCCCUCAAACACAUAUACACACAUACCCAGUACUAAGAAUUGGACCCACGGACUUCACGCUGAACUACAUCCCCAGCCCUAUUUUAAUGUGGAGAGAGGAUCUUACUAAAUUCCCCAAGCUGGUCAAAACUUGUGAUCCUCCUGCCUCAGCUUUUCAGAGUGCUGCAAUUAUAGGCAUGUGCUACCACAUCUGCCUUUCAUACUGUUUUUAAAGUUUUAGUUCCUAAUGCUCUUGUUUGUUUAAAAAUGAGGAUAGGGGACCAAAACUAAUAAAGCCAUAGGAAAAAAAGGAAAGACUUUAUUGCAACUAGUCAGUAGAAAUGUUAAAUAUUACCAGCUACCCCCCAAAAGCCUUUAGCUUCUUUAAAACUUUCACAGGAAGAUUUCAAAAUGCUUACCUAGCCAGUAACUGAGGAGGGGAAGCAAGCUACAUUCAGGGACAGGAAUGAUGAGAACUAUUUACAAAGUGCUAUGUAUGAAGCUCAAAGGAUUUGAAUUUGAUUUUUACAAGUAGUGAAGUUUUGUUGGGCCAGGUGGUGCAUGCCUGUAAUCCCAGCGCUCAGGAAGCUGAGGCAGGAGGAUCACUGUGAGUUCAAGGCCAGCCUAAACUACAUGGUGAGCCCCUGUCUCAAAAAAACAACAACAAAAGAAUCAAAUAAAAUAAAACUAGUGAAGUUUUUCACAUAUCAAAAUGUUUAAAACAUCUUCCAUCAAUAAAAAUUUAUCUUUAAUGUUGUAAAUAUCAAAUAAGUUAGAUCAUAUUUAUUUAUGUAUUCCUUUGGAAAAAUGGUAAUUUUAAUGUUCUGACAUUUGAUUAUUUCCCUUUUAACCUUUGAAGGUUUUACUAUUUAAAAUUGAUAAAUUAACCAGGCAUAGUGGCUCAUGCCUGUAAUCUCAGCACUCUGGAGCCUGAGGCAGGAGGAUCAUGAUGAGUUCAAGGUCAGCCUGGGCUACACAGCAAGACCCUGUCUCAAAAUAAACUUGAAAAAAAAUUGAUAAAUUUUCAUUUGAUUUAUAGAGAAAUAUCUAAAUGUGAGAAAUUUCCAAUCCAACCUUGUGUUUUAUGGAGCUAAAAUGAGUGCACUUUUUAAUUUCUUGGGAGUGCUGCAAGGCAAAAUAAAAUAUUCCAAAUAAAAAUGUAUAUUUAAAUCGG